AUGGCCUUUCACGGACACAGUUCAUCUGCUGUCCAUAUUCCAGCUUCUCCGCGCUCAUUGGAACCUUCUUCCACUCGUAAAAGGAAUAGUUGGGGCCCUUCCGAUGACCCAUUCGAGAUAACUUACGACCCCUCGCCAUCACUGGCAUCCAUUCGCUAUGGAACACCUCCAGCAGACGACGCUCUGUCAUCACUUGCUGGACCCUCCUCUACUGUCUCCCUCUACGGUGAUGAUGACGAGGCGCGCCUUACCUCACGAAACGACGACCCAAGUCCGACGAGACAACGGACAGUGCGCUAUAGCACAUCACCUUCACCACUCAAGAAGACUGGUACCGCAAUCAAGCAUGUCUCCCAGAACAUCCGCAGAAUGUCAGUCCGGGUAGCAAAUGUAGCUUCCCUAGGUCUUGAGCGGUUACCCGACGACAAGACAGACGAUGAAGACAGUAUACCGGAUACCUCCCAAUCUCUCCCCCUUCGUGGUCGUACCCUCGGAUUCUUGGGCCCAACCAACCCCUUGCGACUCGCAUGUUUCAACUUCCUUGUUUAUCCAUGGACCGAGCUGGCCAUUCUCUUUCUCAUCGUUGCCAACGCCGUCAUUCUUACAAUUCAAGCCUCCCGCACUCUCGUUCUAUCUGACCCUCCAUUAAUCAUCAAAGGCUAUUUUCAUCAAUGGGAAGACUACGCUCUGUUCGUAUUAUUCGUCAUCUUCACAAUCGAGGCUUGUGCUCGUAUAUGCGUCUCUGGGCUCCUGUUCGACCCCGAAUCAACUUCAUCGUUUGCUCUCAGGACUUCCCUUUCCCUUGCUACGUCUGAAAAGACUUUCGCACACUCUGAUUCCAAACCAGAAACCAUCUCGCUCCCUUUCCGUCUCAGUGUCAAAGAUGCUGCGGACCGUACGCGUCGAAACUCCCCUUAUCUUCGCCAUAGCUGGUCCCGUAUUGACGCCAUUGCUAUAGUCGCCUUUUGGACCACAUUCCUACUUGCUACAUUCGGUGUCGAGAAUAAUGAACAUCACAUCCGCAUCUUUCGUGCCCUUUCCGCCCUACGAGCGGCUAGGUUGCUUACUGCCACAUCCGGUACCACCGCCAUCCUCCAUUCUCUGAAAACCGCCAGACCACUUCUAGCCAGUGUUGCCUACUUCGUCGUCUUUGCCAUGGUUGUCUUCAGCAUUAUUGGUAUACAGACAUUCAAGGGCUCUCUGCGGCGCACUUGCGUGUUGGACGCAACUCUCGGCGAACCUGACACUGAAUUAAGCAGUCAGUUUUGUGGUGGUUGGAUUGACCCAGUCUCAUUGAAUCAGACGGGAUAUGUAACACUAACCGGCGCAAUCUCGCCUGAUAUGAAGGGCUACAUAUGCCCUCUAGGUCAGACGUGUCGUGAAUCGGAGACGAAUCCGAACAAGGACACGGAAAGUUUCGACACCAUAUACUACUCUGCUUUGCAAAUUGUAAUCGUUGCAUCAACCAAUGGGUGGACGACUCUCAUGUACAACAUCAUCGACUCUGAAUACUUCAUCUCUUCCGUGUUUUUCAUUCUCUGCGUCAUUGUGCUUAACUUCUGGCUCAUCAACCUCUUCGUUGCUGUCAUCACGAACACGUUCUCUGCUAUCCGUUCUGAAACGAAGAAAAGCGCGUUCGGAGCUACCAAUCUGACUGCCCCUGCUCCCGAUGUCGAUACUGAUGAUGGAUGGAUGGUUCAAGGUCGACCCUCGCCACACCAUAAAAAUAUCGCUGCUCUCAUUGUCGCAUGGACUCGGUGGUUAUUCGUGCUACUUGCCCUUGCCUCGCUUGCCCUGCAGGCCACACGUACACCUGAAAUUACGCCCAGGCAAGAGUCCAUCCUGUACCAUGCCGAGCUUGGGAUCACCAUUUUAUUCGAUCUGGAAAUCGUCCUCCGUUUCUUCGCUGCACUCCCUGAUUGGCGGGGAUUUGUCGGUUUGACAACCAUGAGCAGGGGCAUCAUGGCUGGGAAAGAGGGUCAAGGAAGACGCCCAACUCAUCUGCAUAGUCCUGCACAGAACUGGCUAGAUUUAGUACUCGCCGUUGGCUCGAGUGUUAUUCAAAUUCCCUUUAUCCAGAGCUCAGCAGUUUAUCCGUGGUUCACAAUCCUGCAGCUCAUGCGAUUUUACCGCGUUAUCUUGGUCGUACCUCGUAUGAAACCUCUUUUGCUUGCUGUUUUCGGCAACAUGUAUGGUCUCAUCAACAUGACUUUGUUUCUCAUUCUCGUCAAUUUUAUUGCUGCUCUCGUUUCCGUACAGCUUGUACGUGGAGACAUGCCUGCGGAUACAACCAAGAAUUUUGGAACUAUCUUCAACGCGUUUCUCGCCGUUUAUCAAGUCUUUUCAUCAGAAAACUGGACGAAUAUCCUGUACGAUACUGCGAAUGCGGAAGCGGGGUUUGGGCAGAGUGCUAUCAUUGUGAUCUUUGUUGCUGGCUGGAUGCUAUUCGCAAACUUUAUCGUUCUACAAAUGUUUAUCGCUGUGAUCAACGAAAAUUUCGAGGUUGCGGAGGCCGCAAAAAGAGACAAACAGGCCAGUAACUACUGGGAAGAAGCUCAUCGUCCCACCGCCGGCGACUUAAGCUGGUUUCGAAAGCUUAAUCCAUACCGCUGGAUCCGGGCAAGCCCAGUCGAAGUCAAAGUCGAGGGUUUACCGUCAAAUCUCGUGUUGCCAAUGCAAAAAAGCUUGGUGGAAGAUUAUCGAGUCCCUCAGCACGACAGCAGUACAGUAUUGGCAUCGGAGACCAAAACCGGUCGUUCUGGACCAAGACACUACUCUAACAAAUCGUUGACUGCAUUGCAAAGACUUUUUGCUGGAGAUGCAAAGAACGACAUUCCUUUGGCUACUCUAAGGCACGCGCGCACGGAGAGCAGUGGUGAUGCGCAUGAUGAGGAAACGGAAAGGCACCUCGAACUUCUUGCUACUGUUCGGAAUGAGGCGUCUACAACGAAUGAGGAGCUCAAUGACGUCCUGUACGAACGUCGAGCCCAGAAAGCUGAUUUCAUUCGGGAUCAUCCGUCCUACGACAAAACCUUCUGGGUUUUCUCUCAAAAGAACAUUCUGCGAAAAAUGUGUCAAAAGCUUGUGCAGCCCGCCGGAGGAGCCCGUAUCUUUGGAACUCCCCAGUCUCCUGUUUUGUACCCGCUCUUCCAAACGACACUCUUGUUCAUCGUCAUUGGCGGCAUUGUCGUUGAAUCUAUCGCCAAUCCAGUCUACCGCCGUAACUACUUCCUCAAGCAUGGCCUUGUGCGCGGAGCAUGGUUUGACAUUGCGGAGUCUGCCUUUGGGCUGGUGUUUUUCGUCGAGUUCCUCGUCAAAGUCAUCGCUGACGGGUUUCUCUUCACACCCAAUGCUUAUGUUCGGAGCAUCUGGAAUCUGUUGGACUUCGUCAUCAUGGCUGGACUGCUUGUUAACGUUACAACCGGACUCAUAUUUGCUGGUGGACUCAGUCGACUGACUAGAUCUCUCAAAGCUCUGCGGGCGCUCCGCUUGAUCACGCUUAUCGAGAAGAUGCGAACGACUUUUGAGUCACUGCUCAUUUCUGGUGCACUGCGUAUUCUCGAUGCUGGGGUUCUUGCAAUCUUGUACAUGAUUCCCUAUGCGGUUUGGGGACUAAAUAUCUUCAACGGCAAGAUGAACAAGUGCAACGAUUCAAGUGAGACAGCGGGGCAUUUGGCUUUGUGGUUCCGCGCGUCUGGGACAAUCCAGCCCCCCUCAACCGUCUUCUCGUUCGAUUCCUUCCACUCAUCUCUGCUCAUCCUCUUCGAGAUUGUGUCCCUUGAGGGCUGGACAGACGUCAUGGACAUCGCGACCAGCAUUACAGGCAUAAACCAGCAACCACAGACGAAUAAUGCCCAGAUCAACUCGAUCUUCUUUCUCAUUUACAAUCUCCUCGGUGCAGUUGUCAUUUUGACGCUGUUCGUCAGUAUAAUCAUCGGCAACUUCAGUUCCAAGACCGGCACCGCCUUCCUAACAGCCCCGCAACGCGAAUGGAUCGAUCUUCAGAAACUAUUCAAGCGCCAACGGCCAUCCAAACGACCACGACUUCGACCCGUAUGGGCUGCGCGUGCUUGGUGUUACGAUCGUGCAGUAAACAAAAAUGGCUGGUGGGCUAAAGGGAUGUCUAUCAUUUUCCUCUUGCACAUCAUCACCCUCAUGUGCGUGUUACUACAUCUCUUGCUCUCAUCUCCAAUACGGUCAUUCCAGGUCCCAAACCUUCUCUACGCAGCAUGUUAUCGACCAACUCCGAAGUAUUUUCCUUUCUAUGUGACCGUUCCUUUCUCUGAGCAUCCGUUAGACGAUCUCUUUCUUGCCAGUACCUCAAUAUACAUCAUCGACGUCCUCGUUCGCUUGUUCGGUCUUGGCUGGCGAAGCUUCCGAGCAAAUGGUUGGAACGUCUUUGAUAUCCUUAUUGCUGGUGGCAGUUUCGUCACAACCCUCAUCGUCCGGUUUGGCACAAUUGGCUUCGCAGUUCAACAACUCCAAAAACUCUUCCUUGUCUGCAUCGCCUUUAAACUCGUUGAGCGCACCAAUAGCCUCAAUAAACUGUUCAAGACCGCAGUGGCGAGCUUGCCUACCAUACUAAGCUUGUUGGGUCUAUGGUUUAUCCUAUUUUUAUUCUUUUCUAUCCUAUUCCUUGAAGUCUUUUCGUUGACAAAAUGGGGCUCCGGCGAAAACCGAAGUCAGAACUUUACUACGAUGAGUUCUACGCUCGUUAUGCUCACAUUCUUUACUACUGGCGAGGCCUGGAAUCAGUACAUGCAUGACUAUGCAUUGGAUUAUCCUCGGUGUACCAAUGUCAACCAGGCUGACAAUUCAGACUGUGGUAGCCCCGGAUGGGCUUUCACUCUCUUUAUAGCAUGGAAUCUCCUGAGCAUGUAUAUUUUCGUCAACAUGUUCACCGGUGUAGUCGUCGAGAACUUCUCCUACGUCUUCCAGGCGUCUGAUGCUUCAAAAUCUAUCACGCGAGUGCAAAUGAGGUCAUUCAAGAAAGUCUGGGCCGAAUUCGCCAAUCCUAAAACUGGCUACCUUGAGCGCAGCCAAUUUGUUCCAUUCUUUGCGAAAUUGAGCGGCAUCUUUGAAUCCCGAAUAUACCCCGUUGAUUAUAGCAUACCCAAUAUCCAAGCUCGCUGCAAGCCUUCCUCGGACUCGGUCUACGCGCCGCAUAGCCGAGUUGUCGAUGGCAUCGACCUCAACAGACUAGAGAAGGUGCUCGGAGAGAUCGAUUACUCCGCGAUUAGGAAACGUAGAGCAGUCUACUGCCGACUUUAUCACGAAGCAAGCAUCUCACAUCAACAUGGUCGUGGAAUAUCAUUCACGGACAUGCUAUUCCUGCUUGCUCACCACAAACUCAUUGUCGAUCACGAAGCCUUGGUGCUGAAGGACCUGGUUAUCAGGACGGAGACAAACAAGUUGGUCACAGAUCUUGUUAAUCUGGACCGCGUUCGGUCGCUCCUCAGGACCAUCUCCCAUCGGCGCCGCUUUCUCAAAGCGAAGCAGGAACGGUUGCUAUCCUCUGAACCGGAUAUUCCUGCCAUCGUCGUUGAUGUGAUGCCAGCGACUCCCCCGAAUACCACCCGCGACAUCUCUUCAGGAUUAUAUUCGACUCCAAGUAGUCCAACCCCACAAAGAUUCUUCACACCAGACAUAUCACUAUCUUCGACGACACCCCGUCUCCAGCGAAGCAGUCGCCGAGGCAGUGACGUCAGCGUUCUUUCAAGCAGCGACCUCGGUCACAGAUCACGGGAUUCAUCCAUGUCUCUGGAUGACCCACAACAGAUUCUCCAAGCGAUGGAGAACUCAGUAUGGGGAGACUUAAUGAUGGAAGCGGAAGAAGAAGAGCGAAGAUAA